AUGGCGCAGGAGAACGCGGUCCGGCCUGCUGCUCUCAUACCUGGGUACAACGCUGACAUCAUGAUUCUCCGUGAAUGCCGUGAAAGCCGUGCUCCUGCUGCUCCUGUUUCUCUCUCAAGACUCGCUCGGAGGAGUGUUUCGGAACCGGCAUGGGUUUCUGAGGAAGGGGAAGCUUCUGGGAAUAGCAGCGGCAGCGCUGGUUGCGGCAUGAGUCCGAGGAACUCUACCUCACCCCCGCCAGCCCCGUUCACUCCAGAGACCGCCGAGCCUCACCUCUCUCUUGCCCUCUCCCUCACCACCCUUCCUGCUGCUGACACAUCUGCUCGCACGCAGCAACCUGCCUCCAAACCGACUCCAACUCCCAGUAGAACGCAUACUAAGAGAGCGCCUGCUAUCCGAACAUCUUCUAAGAGAACGUCUGCUAAAAGAACGCCUUCUGAUAAAACUCCGCCUUCUGCUAAGAUCACUUCCUCCCAUGGACUCGUCUCGCCAGAUGUCUCUGCUACCUCUCUGCUGCCUCCUGCCGCCCAGUGCCUCUCCUCCACUCCUGUCGCUGCGGCAACAUCUUUGCCAGCUGCUCGGAAGUCAAGUGGGAACGUUGCGCUUCAAGCAGCAGCUGCGCCCAUCGGCCUCCAGGCGGCAUUCGCUGCUCCCGCUGUAUACCCUGCCCCUGCUCCCAAAAGACUUCUCCCGGCGUUGUCAGCUCGCUCUUCCUUCCCCUCGCACCGAUCCUGCCUGAGAAGCAGAAGCGGGUCGGCUCUUGGCGGUGUAAGCCGCAACUCUUCCCUCAAGGCAGCGCAGUUGACUCUUGAGCCAACUCAACAGUCAUGUGCUGGUGGUGUCGCUGGGAGCAAGCACUCCCCCGUGGCAACGCAUUCAAAGGAAGCCACUAGGCCCAGUGCGGCACCUGCCUUGGAUGGCAGGGGGGAUGUGAGUUCCCCAUCGCUGUCGCUGUCUUUGCACCAGUCGUCGUCACACUCAGGCAGGGAAGAAGGUGCACGUGCUGAUGGGUCGCCUGCAUCUGCUGCGGAGUCGUGGGUAUUGACACCCAUAGCAGUGCCAGCAGAAGAAGAGGCAGCACAGAACCCACCCAGCACUGCUCGGACUCAUUUCUCCUGGCAGCACCAGCAGCAGCCAGUCUCCUGCUUCCACCACUUCACUAGUCUCAUCCCUGUCCGCCACAACUGUCAGCAGCAAUCGGCACAUGCAAGGAGCACAGCUCUCUCUCCCCCUCGGUUCCUCACUUGCCAUGCAAGUCCCAACACGGCCCCUCAGCUCGCAGGCAUCCAGCACUGCACGGAGCAACUUACCCGGGUGUAA